CUAGUACCGACACCGUCACCUUCAACGAAGCCCAUCCCCCUCAAGACAAAGCGAUUGAGGCCUUCCAACAAGUUGAACCAAAGAUCAAGCAAGAGAUUAUUGCUAGCAGGAAGAGAUGGGAUGGUCAUGAACCUAGGAUGUGGUCCCGUGCAGCUGGAAUCUCUGACAAGGAUUUGGUCAAUUUUGAUGUGUCCAAGGACCUCGUAGCGGUCAGAGCAGGUCCCACUACUUAUGGAGUCAUCCUCUUGGGCAAGAUCAGGCUACCUGCUAUCGACGACGAGAAUGGGAAAGGUUUCAUUCACGUCAGGAUUCACGACCCCCCAAACAGGGGAACCGAGGAUGUCGUGUUCCACUCGCUGUUCACCGACGAGGGAAAGAGGGACGAGAAUGGACAGGCUGAGCGAUAUGUAGCUAUCCAGACGGAUGAUCUGUUUUGUGAAAUAUUAGCGACCGGGCCAGACUCACCGAACAGCCACCGGGAUAUCAUCACCGAUGGAUUGGCUGCCUGUGCAAAUAUCGCGCUCGAGUUUGAUGAAUCCCUGAAAUUGUGGCCGGAUUUUGGGUUCGACGGGGACUUCCAAAAGCCAUCAACAUUCACCCUUGUCACACUCUCCCCCCACCAAAUGUCGCGUUUAUUUGGCACACUGAGAAAUGCGGGUCAUAAUGUAAAGUCAAAAUUCUCCUCCAAGAAGGACGAGUCCAAGCUCCGCGCUCAAGAGAUCUUGAUGGACCACGGGCCAGAUGCGUUCGUGGAUGUCACUAUACGCUUCAUUGGAGCCAAUGGUCUACCCAAGAUGGACGUUGUCGGUUCAGCCGACCCGUUCUUUGUCGCAAACUUGGAUGACGAGAUCAAAUUCAUUUCCUCGGUCAAAUCAGAAACGCUGACACCCGUGUGGAACGAAAAGUGGUCUGUCAAGAACGUUCCAAAGCACGCCGUUCUCGAAGUGGAGGUGUACGACAAGGAUGAAGGAACCCCCAUCAACGACUACAUUGGCAAG